ACCAGCGACGUUUCAUUCUCGAUCCAGUCCUCGUUCAAAGUCGAGUCAGUCAGGUCUAAUGCGUAGACGCGGCGUAUUCGUGAUGCUGACGCUGUGCGGGGUUCUAACCGCUGGGCUAACCGCCUUUCUUGUGAUAUUCCUCACCGGCGGCCAGGGUGCCGAUGCAUCCGAAACAGCUACGGUGACAGUGGAACUAGCCAAUGGUCAGGGGGCCGUUCUUGGGAAUCAUGCUUACACAGCCUGGACUGAUCAGUUAUUUAUGCAGUUUCGUGGCAUCCCCUUUGCCGAACCGCCAAAGGACGAGCUGCGCUUUCGGCCACCUGUGGCGCGCUCUCCAUGGACAGACACCUUCAAUGCUCUGAACUUUGGACAGCGCUGCCCCGUGAUAACAAACCUAGAUAGCCAGAAGUCUGAUGCGGAACUUGAAGAUUGCCUCAAUCUGUCGGUAUACACUAAAAAUAUCUCUGCUAGCCAGCCUGUCAUGUUUUACAUCUAUGGCGGCGGCUUCUACAAUGGCUCCUCCGAGGAUCACCCACCGAACUACCUUCUUGAGAAGGACAUUGUCCUAGUUGUACCUCAGUACCGAGUGGGGGCCCUCGGCUGGUUAUCGACUUAUACGGAAGAGCUGCCCGGCAAUGCGCCCAUAGCGGAUAUCCUUAUGGCCCUCGAUUGGGUGGAAAUGCACAUAAGUAGCUUUGGCGGUGACCCUCAAAAGGUGACCAUUUUUGGCCAGAGUGCCGGCGCUGGAAUAGCCAGUUCCUUGCUGCUGAGCCCCAAAACUGGCGCCAACACGUUCAAGAGAGCUAUCGUGCAGUCAGGUUCUAUUUUUGCCAGCUGGGCAAUCAAUAAGGAUCCGGAGGCACAAUCUCAACGUAUCUGUGUUCAGCUGGGAUGUUUUAGUUGUGAGCAGCACGAUCAGCUCGUGAAGUGCUUGCAAAAGGCGAAAGUUAUAGACAUUCUAAAGGCGACGACAUCAGAAUCUUUUUCGCCGGUUGUUGGAGACUUACACGGCAUCCUACCGCAACAUCCCAGUGAACUGGUAAAAAGUUACCGCAGGCAGAUUCCUAUUCUGACAGGAUUUACUCAACACGAUGGUUCCUUCGUGCUAGCAAGCUAUUAUGAUUCGCUCGCUAUAAAGGUGUCCAAUGUGAGUUCAUUGAGUGUCCGUCAGUUUUCCCAGGGUAUCAAUGAUCUGGUUAAUGACACAUCGGGACUCACGGAUAACAUAUUGAAUCGGUUGCUCUUUAACCCUAAUAUGCUUAACAGUUAUAAUCACAACGCAGCAGUUCCCUCAUACUUCGAUCUCACUACAAACAUCUUUAUGAAGUCCCCAGUGAUAACUCUGGCUACCAAAAUUUACACCCAACAAUUGGACACGCCAGUUUAUGUCUACAGUUUCGAGUACGAAGGCAAAUACACUCGAUUUGGAUAUGAGUUUGGCAACUCGCACUAUCCCUUUAAUGGAGGAGUGCAUCAUUCCAACGACAACAUAUACCUCUUCGCCACCCAUUCCCUGGAGGGACAGGACAUUCAGAUGUCAGAAAAAAUGGUCGAUGUCUGGACAUCGUUUGCCAUCGAUGGUGUUCCCCGUAGUCUUAGUCCGCUGAGCAGCGCAAGUGGGCCGUAUAACAAACUAAACUUGGAGAUAACUAAGGGCGAAGACUUAUUGGAUACUUUAACUGCCGCAAUUGACGAUCCUGACAAUGGAAGACUACAGCGGGAAGACAUGGAGUUUUGAUAAGGACCAUUCGAUAUGCAAUCCAGGAAGUGUAAAUAAUUUGUUCAAUAACUGUAAAAACAAUAAUUUUCAAUUGUAAAUAAAGGGAAUACUCUUUAGCUUAGUAAAGAAACCACCAAA